AUGAGUUGCUUUAUACCAGAGAAGGAGCUCUUUGGGGCUUUGGGGGGGAAGGAAUACUUCGGCGAUCGUCACCAACAGGGCAAGAGCGAAGCAAGUGAGGAAGAGGGGGCAGGAGACAAUGAAACGGUACUGCAAAAGACGGGCCUACGGGUCGAUCAUGGCAGGAGCCACCGUGUGCAUGUUACUCCUACGGAAAGUGCUUCUGAAGAAGGCAGGAUGGAUGGUCAUUGA